ACACCAGAGAGCCCAACUUCAACCCUCAAAACGCCGGUAAUAAUAUGGCAGCAAAUGUGCAAAGACCGCCCGCAACCAGUGCCGAAGCCCUCGGGCGUUUGCGUGAUACGCUCGCCUCUGGCGGAACAAUUAUCGGCGCUGGUGCCGGUACGUUUUGAACCCUUUCAUCGACUAUAGGUCCUGGCUGAUUGAGAGCUGGAUGGGGGGGAGGGGGGGAUCACAGGUAUCGGCCUUACCGCCAAAUUCAUAGAAGCCGGAGGAGCCGAUUUGAUAAUAAUCUACAAUUCCGGCCGGUACAGAAUGGCUGGGAGGGGGUCGCUAGCGGGGUUAUUACCCUACGGCGAUGCUAACGCUAUUGUCUGCGAUAUGGUUAUUUUAGAUAUCCUCUCCUCGCUUCCCGACGGGAUACUAAAGCGAUCACAGGCGAAAGAAGUCAUCCCAGUGGUAAAACACACCCCCGUCCUCGCCGGUGUCUGCGGCACCGAUCCAUUCCGCAGCAUGCCCCGCUUUCUCGCGGAGCUGCGCGGCCUCGGCUUCAUCGGCGUGCAGAACUUUCCCACAGUGGGUCUCAUCGACGGUGUUUUUCGGCAGAACCUGGAAGAGACGGGAAUGGGCUUCGACCUAGAGGUAGAGAUGAUCCGCACGGCGCACGAAAUGGAUAUGCUUACGUGUCCGUACGUAUUCACGCCAGAACAAGCGCUCGAUAUGGCACGGGCGGGAGCGGAUGUGAUCGUAGCGCAUAUGGGACUUACGACGAAGGGGAGUAUUGGUGCUGGGACCGCGCUGGAUCUGAAUGAGUGUGUGGUUAGGGUCCAGGAAAUUCGGAAUGCUGCAGUGGCGGUGAGGAGUGAUGUGUUGGUGUUGUGCCACGGGGGUCCGAUUGCGGAGGUGGAUGAUGCGUAUUACGUGCUCAACGGCACUACAGGUGUGCAUGGGUUCUUCGGGGCCAGUUCAGUGGAGAGGUUGCCGGUGGAGGUUGUGUUGGAGAAGACGGUUAAGGAUUUCAAGGGGAUCGUUAUCAAGGACUGGCGUACUGAAGAGUUUUGAGGGGAGGAAUCUUAGUGGCAGGAAGCGGUGGCCUUGUUGUGUGGACAGUGGACAUAACAACCCUCUCCGCAUCACUACCGUAGAGCAGAUAGAAUGCAAGGGGGCUAAUAACCGUCUUUUACC